AUGUCAGCCCGUCUAAAACACGAAGAAGAAUUCGUCUUAGAAAAUUUAGACCGUCCAAUCAUCGCUGGCAGCAGCGGAAUGGCAGCAGGCGCUACCGUUGGCAUCGCCAUAGGCGUGUUGGUGAUCCUUGCGCUGGUGGUCCUUCUUUUGGUGCACAGGCGACUGCAGUCUAAUCAUCCAAAGCAACAUGGGAUUCUUGCUCCCUCGAAACCGGCAGAACAAGCGCCUCCUACUCGUCCCGAUGCCGUUAAACCGGAAAAGGGCCAGAGUCAAGUUGGAAAGUUAGUUUCCAGGCUCAGAAAUAUACCCGCCAUAGCAGAAGAUUCGACUAAGGCGAAAAUCAUCACAGAAAACGAGCCUCUGUCGAAAACGAACAAGAAAGGCAAUCAAAAACAGAAUGAUGAGGCAAACCACAGCGAUCUUCCUGGAGUUAUUGCUCUACCUGUACUGAAACCUGCACAACGGGCUCCCGCUUUGCAGCAAUCUGAUGUACGCAAGUCAGUUUUGCAGCCUGCAAAACCUGUCAAACCUGAAAAUCACACAAAAAUUGCGCAGCCCGCACAGCAAUUUCCUCUGCAACGGGAAACAGCUUCCUGGAAACCUGUUUCGGCUGUGAAACCCCUCGUCCUAUCAGCAGAACCUGACGCUAUAUACGUCAACGAGGAGUCGACGGCAGCGCCUGACGCCGGCGCCGUGAGGCUGCAAGACAUGGAGGCUUUCCUCAACAAGAACAUUGGCUCCAGCGAACUGACCCAAGAAUUCUCAUCCAUGCCCACGAAUUUCGGAUUUCCGAUGACUGACGGCGAACUGCCAGCAAACCGCCACAAGAAUCGCUACCGCAACAACCUGCCGUACAACGAAACCAGGGUUCGGCUGAAGGUUAUAAACAACGACCCUAACUCAGACUACAUCAACGCCAACGUGGUGAAGGGAGCCGUCAGCAAUCGUCGGUACAUCGCAUCGCAAGGCCCGAAAGACGAGAACGAGUGCACCAUCUCGGACUUCUGGAGGAUGAUUGUCGAGCAAGAAGUGAAUGUCAUCAUAAUGGUAGCGAACUUCGUCGAGAAAAACGUCGACAAAGUGGGCAAAUACUUCAGCUACGACGGUCAGGUCAGCUUGCCGGAUUUGGACGGAACUGUGACGAUAUUGACGACCAAGACGACCUCGUACUGCACCAUCUCACGUCUCCAGGUGGAGUUGGUGCUGGAUGGUGUGGCUGUUGUACGACGCGUCACUCACUACCACUACACCAAAUGGCCUGAUCACGGAGUGCCCACUGAGACGCUCACCCUCUCUAGCAUGCUCAGAGAAAUCGCUACGAGUCACUACAACAUCCACGCGGUCGUCCACUGCUCUGCUGGAAUCGGUCGAACUGGCACCGUACUUUUCGACCUCAUCUGCUACGACCACCUCCAAGCUUCUGGCAAAGUCAACAUCAUGGCCGUCCUCAAAGACCUUCGUCAAAGUCGUGCUCGUCUUGUCGAGAACCAAGUGCAAUUUAAACUCAGUCUUCAGCUCCUUGAUGAACUUCUUUUCGGCUUCCUUACCGUAAAAUCUACGGAUGAUCUUGAGGAAAAUAAACUGCCGCAGUUGCUGGAACAAUGCCCCGGAUGGUUCAAGCGUCUGAAAGCCCUGCCCUCGCCCCUUACAUUCUCCACUGCGAGCUGGAAAGAGAACGCGCCUUUCAACCGCUCGCCGGACGUCUUGCCUGCUGAUAGCCAAAGAAUCUUCGUGCAGGGCCCGGGUGGACAACAGCAAUACGUCAACGCCGUGCGUCUUGAUGGCCUACAGGGAGACGAAGCCUACAUCGUCACGGAGCAUCCGCUGCCGGGGCGCCUGGAGCCCUUCUGGAACAUGGUGCUCAGCAAGAAAACCUCGGUCGUUAUGGUGCUCAACGCGCAGUAUGAUGAGAACUUCCCCGAGCUGUUCCCCUCAGACGGCUCCACCCUCACGGCAGGACCUGUGAAGGUACAGGCGGGAGCCCAGCUCCUGGACACCCCCGACAUCGUCGGCCACCGACUCACUGUCACCAACGGCAAGACGUCAGCUUCAGUCUCGGUCUACGAGGUGAAGGGCUGGUCUAGGGGCGCGACGUGCCCUCCUGACGUCACCGCCAUCGUCAGCCUCGCCGACGUCAUCCGAAGCUCACCAUCCACAUCCACUGGACCACCUACGCUCGUCUGCGGGGACGGCGUGACUGCCUGUGGCCUGGCAGCGGGCGUCCUGAGCGUCGUCGACAGGCUGAAGGAGCGGCAGGACGUCGACGUCUACAGGACCGCCGUCAAGCUGCGCCGGUGCCGCUCGCAAUUCUUCGUGGAUGAGUCUCAGCUGCAGCAGAUGCUUCUAGCGGCCUCCACGUAUCUCACAAACUUCCAGGAAUAUUGCAACUUCAAGUAAAAUGAUCAAAUACAUUGCCAGGUUUUGAAUAAUUAUUGGGAUUAUUUUUUAAUAAAAGUCGUAGAUUUGUUAUUACAACGCGUGAGUUUACAAAGAGUUUGGCACCGCAAUUGAAAACCAUUGAGUUUGCCUCAAAAAUUUUAUUUUUAAGUUGCAAGAUGGUUUAUCGGAGAUGGUAAAUUGAGAAAUUAUGAAAUAAGAUUAUAAUAUGAACUGGAUAACGGGUUGUGAGCCACAGUGCUUUCUUCGACAAAAAGUGCUAGCUAGUUCUGAAAGUUACACCUGAAAAGUGAAUGCUUUUUGGAAAGAACUUCUGAGAAAUUAUGUUUAAAUCAGAUUUUAUACGUAACUUUAAUGGUAUACAAGUGAUUGUGAAGUAUCCCGCUCUGUAAGGAUUGUUACUCGAAGAAGCCCAGAGCAAACUAAACAGUUUCUGUUGCAUUAAUUCUGUUAUUGGCGCAUUAUUUAGCGUACAUUUGCUUGUAAGAAAUCAGCCAUCUUCAACGAUAGAGCCAAACAUUUUAAUUUACUCUAGCAAAGGUAUUACAAUUUUGGAAUCAAUUAGAGCAAAUUUUCAUCGGUAUUUUACCUUUCUAUAAAGGUACUGUUGGUGAAGUAAAACCGGCAUUAGUAAUGACAAUGUUUUAUCUUGAACCUUUGUACUGAAAGCGUAAUUUUAUGGGUUUUGUGAAUGUUUACAAUAAUAACUUGAAAAGAGCCAAGAUUAAUUUCAGUUCCACAAAUGACUAAUGGGUUUGAAUAAUGGAUUCAUAAGAGAAAUGUUUAGAUUUUUGCAAUAUCUCAUGAAGAACCCUAGAGUAAGACUAUAAUGAUGUUGAUUUUAAAUCAGUAAUGUAAGGGCUUUCUGUCUUUUAUGUCAGAUUUUUUUUGCAUAUUUAAUCAAUACAAUAUAUUCUAAUUGAGUUUUAGCUUCGGAAUAUUUUUUAAGGUUAAUAAUCUAAACAAGUUUUCCAUUGUUUUUAAAAGAUGUUUCUCAGUGAAAACUUCCAUAAAAUGAUUUUUGUCUUUUUGGCGGAGAAUUUCCUCUGUAAUAUUGUAAUCUCACUAUAAGAAUCUCCUUUCUUCUUAAACUUAAUUAUUAACAAACCAAACAUCCCGAAUGCAAAAUAAUU